AUGGAAAUUUGUUGCUUGCCUGCCGGAGUCAGUGAUUUUCCACUUGAGGAUCGGUGUCAUCUAUUUUUCAGAAUCAUGAAGCUGUUCAUGUAUUUCACCGGUCAGUUUCCAGAUUUAUCGCUUCUGAUCCCACAAAAUGGACCGAAAACAGAACUGCAUGUGAAUAACUUGCACCCAAAGCAGCAAAAAGUUUUACAAUCAUUGCUUGAAAUUGAAUCUCAUCUAUUUGCGUCUAAAUCAGAGUCCAUUCUGUAUUUCCUCAUCAUGAUGGGUGGUCUACCAAAUAAUCCAAAACAUGCAUUUCUUGUUGAUCUUAGUCACUUUUACCCUCUCGCUACAAAUGUUAAGAAAACAGAAACUGUUAUAUUCAGAGAAUUAUUUGAAUCCCUUAUGAAAAUUCCAUUUUUUGAUAAUCUUUUUGAGUGUUUUGAACCAACACGCACCUACUUAUAUAUUUGUGCAUCAAAAGAUUUCUCUUCAACAUGGUUUCUACCUCGAUUGCAAUUUCGCCUACCUCGAAUAUGUCCUGUUUAUGUAGUGAAAGUUGUUCCUGAUGUUUCACAAUCGUUUGCAGAGAGUGAAGUGACUGAAAGUUCACUUACACAUCAAGAAUUACAUAGAGUCUUGUAUGAAUUACCUUCUGAAUUGCGAUGGUAUGCUUCUCCGCUUGUUCUUAAUGGUGUUAAGCCAUGUUGA